AUGGCAUCUCAACUCACCUCAUUCACCCAAUUCCUCCGUGACCUGACCCUGACCCCGCAGAACCAACGCGUCGCCAUCGCGGCCGUUCUCGGCGCCGCUCUCGGGAUCCCGGUCUUCCGCAUCGCGGCCCGGGACUACCGUGGUUAUCUAGCUCUCGGGCCCGGUGGUCUACCCCACAACGUCGUCGGAUGGCUCGGACAGAUGCUCCUGAAGCCGUUGUGCAAAGAGCCUUUCGGGACGGGUUGCUACGACGAGACAGCGUUUGGAAAGGCUGGUCCGAAUGGCCAUGUUGCUUUUUUGAGUGAGAAGGAUGUCCCUGUUCGUGAAGGACCGAGGCCUGCAAUAGCGAGUUAUACGGCUCCGAGUCGUCAGGUGUCGGAUUUUGCAGAUGAGUCCAUCAUUGAGCGUUAUCAAGAAUUCCUCCGAUCUCUCGCCUCAGAGUCGCCCUCCAAGCUCAAGAUAGCCACAUCCAUCGUCGAGCGACGAGGCCCAGCUCUCUUUGCAAUCUCUGAAGGGGGACUCCACCCCGUUGCCCGGGGCACAAAGGGAGAGAUUGCGCACAUGCACGCAAGCGACGGCUCGAGCCAUGUUAAUCUAGCACCCAAGGAUGCGAAGCUUGUUCUGGAGAGGGGCUGGGGUCAGCGCCAUCCUCUGGCGGGCACGAUUUUGUAUCUGGGGAACGUGAUGGUGUAUGCGCCGAGGAAUGAGGAGGAGCUUGAGGUUGUUGAGGGUAUCACGAGGGCGGGAGCGCGGUUCAUGGUUGGUGAGGAGUUUUGA